AUGAACCUAAGUGGUUGCUACUCUCUUGAAAAUAAAGAAAACCUAUACCAAGUCCUCAAGCCCGCUUCUGCUAGUACCCACAGAACGUUUGGCCAAGACAUAACAAACUUGAUACUGCGCCCCCAUGAUUCUGAUAAAAUUGAUUCUCAGGACCCACAACGGCUUGGCUAUUACGCACAUGAAAUUUUCGCUUAUUUGCAUAAGGUCGAGAACAAUUUCCAAGCAAACUUCGGAUAUUUGAAGGCUCAGUUCGAAAUCAAUGAAAGCAUGAGGAGCAUUUUGAUUGACUGAGUCAUCGAAGUCCAUUUAAAGUUCAAGCUGAUGCCGGAGACCUUAUUUUUAACUGUAAAUAUCAUAGACCGAUUCUGUGAGGCUGCGAUUGUAUCAAGACACAAUUAUCAGCUAUUAGCUAUUUCUGCAUUGCUUAUAGCUUGUAAAUAUGAAGAAAUCACAGUCCCUGAUAUAAAAUCACUAUCUUUCAUAUCAGAUCACACUUAUUCACAAAAAGAAAUACUUGCUAUGGAAGGAAGUAUUUUAAGGGCUCUCCAUUUCAACGUAACGGUGACAACUCCAUUUCGAUUUCUUGAAAGAUAUGCAAGACUUAUUCAUAUGGACAACUUAGCCUUUAAUCUUGCACACUACACAAUAGAGCUAUCUCUUAUGGAUUAUAAAAUGCUGAAAUACUCUCCCUCACAAAUUGCUGCAAGUUCUAUAUAUUUGACAAAUAAAUUAUAUAAUAACGACUCAGCAUGGCCACAGAUACUUAUAGAAGAAAGUCCUUAUAACGAUACAGAUCUAAGAGCUUGUGCUAAAGAAUUAUGCUUAAAUUUGCAAGGAUCAAGACAGUCACCUUUUCAAGCAUUAUUCAAGAAAUUUUCAUUGCCACGGUUUUGUGAGGUAGCCAAAAUGGUAUUUUAA